GCCCCUCGGCCCAGUCGUAUGCAUGCUUGCGAUUAAGAACACCAAACCCCAAAUCACGAGCCUGGAUUCUCUUCCAUGGAUGAAAGCAUGGCUGCCUAUUACCCGCCACCACCGCCCGGUCACUACCCCACCUACUACCAGCCGCCGCCACCACCUCUGCCUGCGCCUUCUCCUGCUCCUGCUCAACCACCGCCGCUGCAGCCUGCUUCAUAUAAUCCUCAGCCACAGCCACCUCCGCCUUUUGCCUCGUACUCUCUUCCCUAUGCCGCACAUGCCACUCACGAUCUGGUGCGUACGCUCUUCGUGGCGGGUCUACCAGAGGACGUCAAGCCUCGAGAAAUCUACAAUCUUUUCCGGGAAUUCCCUGGUUAUGAGUCUUCUCAUCUUCGUAGCCCUACACAGACUUCUCAGCCAUUCGCCUUCGCCACAUUCAUGGAUCAACCAUCUGCAGUUGCAGCUAUGCAUGCACUGAAUGGGAUGGUUUUUGACCUUGAGAAGGGGUCAACCCUAUAUAUUGACCUUGCAAAGUCUAAUUCCAGAUCUAAGCGCUCAAGAACAGAUGAUGAAUGGUCCGGCUUGGAUAAGAAAGCUAAAGCUUCCCCAUCAAUACCAUGUGGCACUCUUGAUUCAGCAGGUUUUGGCAGCGUUCACUUGCCUGGAAUGGGUAAUACUGCUUACAACACGAUUGGUUAUCCAUCUGCACAAAGUCAUGGGAACUUUGAUGGCCGAGUUGCAAGUGAGUCAACAGGGGCAAAUUUGACUAAUUCUUCAGCACCCCCAUGUCCAACACUUUUUGUGGCCAAUCUGGGGCCAAAUUGUACAGAGCAAGAGCUAACUCAAGUGUUCUCAAGAUGCCCGGGGUUUUUGAAAUUGAAGAUGCAAAGCACUUAUGGGUCUCCAGUUGCAUUUGUUGAUUUCCAGGAUACUUCCUGUUCAACUGGUGCCUUGCAUCAUCUGCAAGGCACAAUUCUCUACUCAUCACCAGCUGGUGAAGGCAUGCGGCUAGACCUAGUGCUUUUUUUCCCUACAAAUUAUAUCCGGCAAGUGUUGCUUAAUAAGAAACCUAGAUAUGCAAAAUCACGGAUGGGAAUGCGAAGGAAGCCAAGGUAAUUGGACAAAAGUGUGGAAGAGCUCUUGGUUGAUCAUGCAAAUGCAAUGCAAUGCAAUCGGUUAGAUGCACUUUCAAAGUAUUCUUGUAUAAACAGUAUGUUGUUUGAACCAUUUAUAAACCUUUAAUUUCCUUGAAGGUAUAGAUUUAAGAUGAAUGUAAAUUUUUGUGUUUUAGGUGAAAAUUUUAACGUAUCUUUAAAUUCAAAUGUAUCCAAAUGAAGUCUUUAGGAG